AUGUCGGAAGCCAAGUAAUUUAGGAAUAUCUAAAAUAAGAAUUGUACAAAAGACAAAAAGAAAAAGUUAGCCUCUAGAAUCGAAUUUCUCAAACUUGUUUUAUGUGAUAACAAAACUAUAAGAGCUUCUGCUUAAAUUUGUAAGAUUAACUUUUCAACAGCAAAAGCUAUACUAAAUAAAUUCAGAAAACAAGGGGUUAUCAAGCAACCUCAUAAAGAUUAUGAUAGACAAAUUGAUUUGCUUAAAUAAAUUGCCUAAAUUCAGGAAGGCAUCAAAUGUGAGCAAAUAACAAAAACGAAAGAAUUCAAAUAAAAGCUUAGACAUUAAUUGUAGGUUAUCCUACAAAACAGUCAAAUUCAAAGGAUUGGUGCUCAUUAAUAAAUGGAUAUAAAGGCGCUUGAGGAAGAACUUAGGAAUGAAAAAUAAAAAGAAUAUAAGUUAGUUGAGUAAAUUUUAAAAGAGUAAAUAACUUUGAUGAAGAGCAGAUGUCAUUGA